AUGAAGCCUGCUAGUUUGGUCCAGCUGCUGGUGCACGCGAGCCAGGGAAAGAGGCUGGUGAUGAACAGUUCCCCUCAUGAGACAGUGGUUCCGCUGGAGGACCCCAUCGUGACGGAGGUGACAUCCACCCUGCAGGAAUGGGCAGUACUAUGGAAGCAGCUCUAUGUGAAACACAAGGUGGACCUGUUCUACAAAGUGCGCCACGUGAUGCUGGAGCUGCUGGACCUCAGGAGGCAGCUGCUGUCGGGGCAUCUGACCCAGGACCAGAGCCGGGAGGUGAAGAGGCACAUCACCGUGAGGCUGGACUGGGGCAACGAGUACCACCUGUCGAGCCGCCACAGCGUACAGCAGAGCACCACACAGAACGACAACUCCAAACAGAAACAUGGAGAGCCGUGCCGUGUCCCUGUACCACACCACCUACUGGUCAACCUGAAGAGCUUCACCUACAACAGCAUCGGAGAAGACACGGACAUAUUCUUCUGUCUGUACGACUGCAGAGAAGCCAAGACCAUCAGUGAGAAGUUCAUGGUGAGACUCAACAAAAAUGGUGGACCAAGAAACCCAGAGAAAGUGGACCGGCUGUGUGCGCUUUUCACGGAUUUGAGCAACAAAGACAUGAAGAGAGAGCUGUACAUUGUGGCACAGGUGAUACGCACAGGUCGCAUGCUGCUGAACGACAGUAAGAAGGGCCCUCCUCACGUCCAGUACCGCCGACCGUACGGCUGCGCGGUCCUCGCCAUGAGCGACGUCUUGCAGACCAUCUCUGAGCUCAAGGAGGAGAAAGACUUUGUGCUCAAGGUCUACACGUGUAACAAUGAGAAUGAAUGGUACCAGAUCCACGAAAACAUCAUCAGAAAGUCCAGCACAAAAUAUACCACCCCCAGCAACAACUAUGGCCUGAUCAUCUCGCUGCAGUUGUUGCGAGGGGACAUAGAGCAGGUGAGAAGAGAAAACCCCCUCAUCUUCAGCAGAGGAGUCGCCAUGACCCGGAAACUGGGCUUCCCUGAUGUCAUCAUGCCGGGUGACGUCCGAAAUGACCUGUACCUGACGCUGGAGCGAGGAGACUUUGAACGAGGAGGAAAGAGCGUCCAGAAGAACAUCGAAGUGACUGUGUACGUGCUCUACGCAGACGGGGAGAUCCUCAAGGACUGCAUCAGUAUGGGCUCAGGAGAGGCUAACGUGCCUGACCACCGCUCCUUCGUCCUGUAUCAUAACAACAGUCCACGCUGGAGCGAGGUCAUCAAACUGCCCAUCCCCAUCGACCGCUUCAGAGGAUCCCAUCUGCGCUUCGAGUUCAGGCAUUGCUCCACUAAAGACAAAGGAGAGAAGAAGCUGUUCGGGUUCUCAUUCACUCCUCUGAUGAGAGAAGACGGGACCACGCUGUCAGACGAAAGCCACGAACUUUAUGUUUACAAGUGCGAUGAAAACACGACUUUCAGUAACCACGCUCUGUACCUGGGCCUGCCCUGCUGCAAGGACGACUUCAACAGCUGCCCCAACAUCCCCUCCAGCCUCAUCUUCCAACGCAACACCAAGGAGAGCUUCUGGAUCUGCACCCAGCUCUCCUCCACCAAGCUCACUCAGAACGUGGACUUGUUGGCCCUGCUCAAGUGGAAAGCCCACCCAGACCGAGUGAUGGACAUCCUGGGACGUUUGCGGCACGUCAGUGGAGAGGAGAUCGUCAAGUUUCUUCAAGACAUUUUGGACACGUUAUUUUCCAUUCUUGACGACAACACAGACAAAUAUGGACCACUGGUGUUUCAGUCUUUGGUCUUCAUCAUCAAUCUUCUCAGGGACAGUAAGUACUAUCACUUCAAGCCUGUGAUGGAUACGUACAUACAGAAGCACUUUGCCGGAGCACUGGCCUACAAGGAGCUGAUCCGCUGUCUAAAGUGGUACAUGGAUCGCUCGGCAGAAGUCGUGAGACAAGACCAUAUACAGGAAGCGAUGAGGGCGCUGGAGUACCUGUUCAAGUUCAUCGUGCAGUCGCGGCUGCUGUACUCGCGGGCCACCUGUGGGAUGGAGGAGGACCAGUUCAGGACCAGUAUCCAGGAGCUGUUCCAGUCCAUCCGCUUUGUGCUGAGCCUGGACAGUCGCAACUCAGAGACCCUCAUUUUCACACAGUCUUGUCCCGGCUCCACCCCGACCCCCGCCCCUUCUCUGGGACCUCCCUUAGCUCUAGCCGCCGCCCUGGGUCAUACGUUCCCCUCUGGCCUCACCCAGGCCCCUGGCAGCGGGCAGGGGACCUGCAGUUUGAGUUCCAGUGCCGUGCGGGCCUCUCCUCUUUCUGCCGCUCUACUCAACUCGUUCCCGGCCAUUUUCGACGAGCUCCUGCAGAUGUUCUCGGUGCAGGAGGUUGCGGAGUUUGUGCGCGGCACGUUGGGAAGCAUGCCCUCCACCGUGCACAUCGGACAGUCCAUGGACGUGGUCAAACUGCAGUCCAUCGCCCGCACUGUGGACAGCAAGCUGUUCUCUUUUCCAGAGUCGCGGAGGAUCCUUCUGCCUGUGGUCCUCCAUCACAUCCACCUGCACCUCCGGCAGCAGAAGGAGCUGCUCAUCUGCUCUGGGAUCCUCAGCUCUAUCUUCUCCAUCAUCAACAACAGUGCACGGGAGACCUCAGUGCAGGAGGAGGUGGAGAUGAUGGUGGAGUCCUUAUUGGACGUCCUCCUCCAAACGCUGCUGUCAAUCAUGAGCAAGAGCCAAUCGCAGGAGGCGGUAAGAGGCCAACGCUGUCCGCAGUGCACCGCGGAGAUCACUGGAGAGUAUGUGUCCUGCCUCCUGUCGCUCCUCCGGCAGAUGACAGACAUCCACUUCCAGCGCAUGAUGGAGAAUUUCCAGAGCAAAGACGAGCUCAAGGAGUUUCUGUUGAAGAUCUUGUGCGUGUUUCGAAAUCUGAUGAAGCUGAGUAUUUUCCCUCGAGACUGGAACGUCAUGCGGCUCCUCACCAGCCACAUCAUCUUGACGACAACACAAUACCUCUCCCCAGCUUUACACAAGAACUUCACGGACGGCGAGUUUGAUUUUAAGGUGUGGAACUCGUACUUCAGCCUGGCCGUGCUCUACAUUAACCAGCCCAGCCUUCAACUGGAUAAUCUCAGUCCCAGCAAGAAGAGGAAAAUAUUAGAAAAAUACGGAGACAUGAGAGUGAUGAUGACCUACAAUUUAUUCAACAUGUGGCAGAACUUGGGAGAAAACAAAAUCCACUUCAUCCCUGGAAUGAUCGGGCCGUUCCUGGGUGUGACCCUGGUGCCGCAGGUGGAGGUGCGGAACAUCAUGAUCCCCAUCUUCCACGACAUGAUGGACUGGGAGCAGCGCAAGAACGGCAACUUCAAACAGGUGGAGGCAGAGCUGAUCGAUAAACUGGACAGUCUGGUGUCGGAGGGGAAAGGAGACGAGAACUACAGGGAGCUCUUCAGUCUGCUAACCCAGCUCUUUGGGCCAUACCCCAGUUUGUUGGAGAAGAUUGAGCAGGAGACAUGGAGAGAAACUGGGAUCUCCUUUGUGACCUCCGUGACCAGGCUGAUGGAGAGGCUUCUGGAUUACAGGGACUGUAUGAAAGGAGACGAAACUGAGAACAAGAAGAUCGGCUGCACGGUGAACCUGCUGAAUUUCUACAAAUCCGAGAUCAACAAAGAGGAAAUGUACAUCCGCUACAUCCACAAGCUCUGUGACAUGCACCUGCAGGCGGAGAACUACACAGAGGCAGCCUUCACUCUGCUGCUGUACUGGGAGCUGCUGCACUGGGACGAGCGGCCCCUCAGGGAGUUCCUGCACUACCCGGCCCAGAGCGAGUGGCACCGCAAAGAGGGCCUGUGCCGCAAAGUCAUCCACUACUUCAACAAGGGGAAGUGUUGGGAGUUCGGGAUACCCUUGUGCAGAGAACUGGCCUUCCAGUACGAAUCUCUGUUCGACUACCAGAGCCUCAGCUGGAUAAGGAAAAUGGAGGCUGCUUAUUACGACAACAUCAUGGAGCAGCAGCGCCUGGAGCCAGAGUUUUUCAGAGUUGGAUUUUAUGGCAGAAAGUUCCCCUUCUUUCUCCGGAACAAGGAGUUUGUGUGCCGUGGCCAUGACUACGAGCGCCUGGAGGCGUUCCAGCAGAGGAUGCUGGGAGAGUUUCCACAGGCCAUCGCCAUGCAGCACCCGAACCAGCCAGACGAGGGCAUCCUACAGUGUGACGCGCAGUACCUGCAGAUCUACGCCGUGACUCCGGUGCCAGAGAACGUGAGCGUGCUGCAGAUGGAGCGAGUGCCCGACCGCAUCAAAAGCUUUUACCGAGUCAACAACGUGCGCCGAUUCCGCUACGACCGGCCCUUUCACAAGGCGCCCAAAGACAAGGACAACGAGUUCAAGAGUCUAUGGAUAGAGAGGACGACCUUAAUCCUCACUCAUCCUCUGCCGGGGAUCUCACGCUGGUUCGAGGUGGACAAGAGAGAACUGGUGGAGGUGAGUCCUCUGGAGAACGCCGUCAGUGUGGUGGAGAACAAGAACCAGGAGCUACGUACUCUGAUCAGUCAGUAUCAGCACAAACAGCUGCAGGGGAACAUCAACCUGCUCAGUAUGACCCUGAACGGAGUCAUCGACGCCGCCGUGAACGGGGGCAUCGCUCGCUACCAAGAGGCUUUCUUUGAUAAAGAGUACAUCACCAGUCACCCUGAAGACACCGACAAGAUCACGCAGCUCAAAGACCUCAUGCAGGACCAGGUGCACAUCCUGGGAGUUGGCUUAGCGGUCCAUGAAAAGUUGGUGCACCCUGAAAUGCGUCCCCUGCACAAGAAGUUGAUCGAUCAGUUCCAAAUGAUGAGGACCAGCUUGUGCCACGUCUUAUCUGCUGCACGACUAUAUUUCAGAUCACGCAGUAGUCUGAUCCAGGGGCCCGGGCUCCCCUUUGGCGUGCUCAGGGGCCCGCUGCCUUUAGACUCCUGCAGUGGCAUAAAAGAGCUUCUGUCCCGCGCAGACCUGCCCCACCGCAGACGCUCAGCCACCAUCAUCACCUCCACAUCACAGGGAUCCAGAGCCAGCAGGAUCACUAUCAACAAUACACUGGAAGUGAGCUUUUCAGGGGCAGCUCCGCUGCCACUCAUUCAGAUGCUUGACGAUGGGAUUACCUGGAGGUUCCUGAACUGUCACACCAAAGGUGUCCCUGAACCUGAGGUGGAGUGGAGAAACAGUGCUGGACAAGUACUCGCAAAACAUGUCCCAAAUGAUACCGAUGGACACUCUCAUGUUGAACUUAAGUUGAAUGUGACGAGGAGCGACACUUACAUUUGUGUGGUGACUCAGUUGGACAUUCACCAUCAAAUCAAUAAUUCAAUUAAAGUGAGGUUUCCAGAGAUUUUUCCUGUCUGGCAGAUCAUUGCUGCAUCCCUGGCAGUUGCCCUGGUUGUUGCUAUUGCAGUCAUCACAGGGUUUGCCGUGCGUAACAAAAACCUCAACGCAAAAAUCAAUGAUAAACAUGGUAGCCGAUGCGACACCCUGUAA